AUGACGACAGAAGCCGAGAGGAAUAGAGAAACGCAAGCUCACUUCAUAGUUUGGAGACGGAGAUCCCCGGAUGAUGAAGACAGUAGGAAAAAGGAGGCCGUUGUAAUUCCUCUAGUCAAAGAACGAGAUUGGCGAAUAGCUAAGCUGUUGGAGCUGCAGAAAGAAGGCAAACUUACCGAAGAGGAGCAAGCGAAACUCGCCAUUCUCACAGAAGAUCAGCCAUUUGAGGAGACGAAUGGAACAACUUCAACGGAUGCGAUAGUCGUUGAGGAGGAGUCCAAAGUUGUUGAAGACGCCGAUUAUGGAGCGGUUAGUGCAGAAUAU